UAUAAAUAUCUAUUAAAUAAUUAUAAAAAAAUGUCCACCACCAGUAAUGAAAAUAAUAAAUACUCCGAAACAAAUUCCAUUGCACAAAACAACCCCAACGCGGAUGAUUCAAAUUCAACAGAACCGGCUUCAUAUAAUCCUACUCUUGCGGAAAAUGAAUGCGAGGAGAACGAUUUGGAGCGUUUAAAAGGUGAUGCUAUUGGUGAUACACUGUACAGUGAACGUUUUGUCUUGAAUACACUGCUUCGACUGGGACAACUCAGUAAAGAUCUGCAGGAAGAGGAAGAUGUCGAAAGAGAUUUGUGUUCUCUAUGGGACAUGACUCUGGAAGAGGAUGUUGUUAAGUAUUUGUUAAAUCAUGAUGUUUUAGAACUGUUCGCCAAUAUAAUUAAGAGCACAGAGGAUAAACGUUUAACCGAAAUAUUGGUAGGCAUAAUAGGGAAUAUGUGUAAUGUGCAGCAGACAAGAAAUCUAUUGACUGAGAAGAAAGAAGUCAUUAACAUUUUAUUAGAUUUAUCUGCCUGUAUGGACUCCUUAACCCUUGAACAGUUAAUGCGUCUUUUGGCGGUAGUGUUUGUAAAAAUGUCCGAAGAUCAAAUAGAAAAAUGGUAUAAUCUUAUAUUGAAAUCAGACAAAUUUGUGGAAAAUCUGUGUUUUAUUUUAAAUAAUGCCGCCAAUAACUCUCUUAUUUUACAAACUAUGGAAUCGUUAAAUGCCAUAUUGGCAAAAUUUUUUGUUCUCAAGCUCUCACUGGCAACGGAGAAUGGCAAACGUCUAAACGAAAUAAGCAAAACUAGUUUUGAGGAAUUAUUUGUGCAGCCAGAAAUGAUCGAGUGCACCAUAGAGGCUUUUAAAACAUUGGUAAAAGAGAGUAAUGAAAAAAAAGAUUCCUAUGAAGCGGCUGAAAUUCCGGAGAGCAUACACAAAGCCAAACAAACUUUUUGUAAUAUACAUAGUAUAUUAACACAAUAUCAACAACUAUCCAGAGAUGCCUACGCAUCUAGCAAUGACGAAAUCUUAAAAUGUUUUAAAGAUAUUUUGCAGCCCAUGGCUGAAGAUGACAGCAUAACAACUUGGCAGCAAUACGAACAAGAUGUUUUGGAAACAAUAAAUGAUAUACUGAGGGUUUUACCUCGACCUCUAGAUUUGGACAUCGUAAGAUAUUUACUUAAACUCCUUUAUCAUGUUGAUAAGGAGCAAGAAAAACAGUUACAAAAAUCUGCUACUGCAAAUGAUUUUGAAUCAGACGACGAUGAUGAUACUGAAAUUGAUCAUCAAAUUUCCUAUACUAUAAUAUUAAAUACUCUAUACUAUUUAGUUUUAAAAGCUGACAAAGAAAUACUUAAACAAUAUGUUUCAACGUGUCCUCGAAUGUAUACUGUCAAAUUGUUAGAAUCAUUUGAACAGCCUCUGGAAACAGAGUAUAUGAAAAAUUGUUAUCAGAAAUUAAAAGAGGCUCUGGAUUAAUAAAAAAAUUGUAUUCAGACAAAAUAUUUAUAAAAAAAAAUAUGCGAAUAACUGAUUUAAUUUAUUUUUAUUUCUACAAUAAUAAAUAAACUAAUUUAUCUUAUGUAGAAGCUCAUCUACACUAAUGAAA